AUGAAUACCGAGGACGGUGAAUCCGAGGAGAAUAUAUCUGAUUACAAUGGGGCCGAUGAAACCGAACAGGAAAUUGAAGAUCAUGAGUAUAUCAUCCCCGGUGAUGUAGCACAACUGGUGAAGAUUCGGCUCUUUUUGAUGAACGAUAAAACGGGCAACUACAAGUGGAUGAAGAACUUUGUCGCCGAAUGCACCUGUAAUGGUGUUGUUGUUGCGACCACUCUUGCGCGGCAUAGUCACCCAGAAAGGACAAAUAUUCACCCAGGAUGGACAAAUGGUCUAAGGAGACACCGUCGCUACUACGAUGGCUUCUGGGAAACCGUGCAAGAGCGAAGCGCGGAAAUGUGCCGUUUGGCCUUCGAAAUCUUUGAUCGAUAUGGAACUAUAAUGACAAAGUAUAAGGACCAUCCAAGACAAAGAGGAACUGGUAUAUGGGGAAGCGAACUUGAUCAGGGCCCUCUUUUUUUCUUCGAAAACCUUCAUAUUACAGCACUGAAGCUACGCCGGAAAGGGCUGGGACAAAAAGUUGUGUCUUUACUCUUGGAGAAGGCCAAAAAAUUCUCCUUAGCCAAUAGUGUGAAGCCAGAUGUCUAUAUCUUGGCGGGCUUUGACAAUUGGACUCCCAAGGACUUCAUGGGUCCUGAGUGGACUCUCCAUGCUUUAGUCAUACCUGGAUAUCUUAAAGCUGAUAUUGCAUCACACUUAGUGGGCAAGUCACCAGAGGAACGUUUGAUGAUAAAAUAUCAAACUGAAGCAGUUGCUACUGACUUUUGGCGAUCAUGUGGCUUUCGCCGAAUCGGUGUAUCUGACUGUUUCGCAUUUUCAUUCAUUCCGGACCAUCCGUCCCAUGCCCUUGCAGCAGCCUCCGAUUUCAAUCCACGUCGUAGCAAGGCUCGAGAUCUUGAAAAUGAGGAGCUCAGAGUUAUCUAUGAGAUUGAUUGCUCUACUGGCACAAGCACACUGAGAAUGGAAAGGCUUCGCAACGCGUUGCCAUUACAUCAUGCAGCUCUCACGCUGACGGACGAAGAACUGAAGGCCUUUUUCAUCACUCAUAUUGAUGAUAAGAUUGGCUGGGAUCGAGUGACCAACUCCGAGGCUACACUCCUGCAUCUAACAGCUUGCGAGUUCAAGCCCUUGAGUGCACAGUGGCUACUUGAGAAAAUCCACGACGCAGAAUCCUGGAAGACAGCCCGUGAUAUCGACGGGCAUACCCCGUUUGAAGAAUUGCAGGAGAAAUUAAAGAAAAUGCGAACGCAAAGUAAAUGCGGCCUUCGAAGAAUCAAGAACGUAUCGGAUCAAUUUGACGGAAAUCCUGACGCCGCAGUCUCUUGUCUCUGCUUGCUGUCCGGAAAGAAUCCUUCGGCUAAUAAAGCAUGUUUCCGAUAUGGGUGUACAUAUGGAGAGAGCGUGGAAGGAUUUAUCUCCGUCAAAAUGAAGAAUUCUAUGACAGGUCAUGAAAAAAAUCCCAAGUGGACUCAGAGAAUUGAGGAUGGCGGAUGGGUAAGGAGCCAUGGGUUCCUCGACUGCGAUGUGCACCGGAGCCUCGCAAUCCACCUGUCACAGCGACUGGGCUUUGUGAAUAUGUUCCAACUUGUGGUAAAUUGCCUCAAUGCGGAGAAGGCUCCUACUGUGGAAAAUCUCGAGUGGUGCUGCAAUACAAUUUUGAACCAGAGGGGCUCGGAGUGGCCGCUGAAUACAUACAUGCAGAGCUACCUGCGCCGUGCUGGAACGCAGAAGGGCUGCCGGGCAGUGCUUCGGAGUAUUAUCGAGAGUGCUAGACUCGCCGACGCGAACGACGAGGCGGGCCGCGGAUGGGAAGACACGAAUGAAAUCAACGAGCCGUUUGGAAUUGACAUAAGGUACCCGGACCCCCCCCAGCCGAACCAACUUGUAGAAACGACCUUGAGUUUGAAGCUGCUGCCAGAGCCUGUGGCUACUAACACGGGGAUGCUCAGCUUUGCUACCACCUGGGCACCCGUGGAACCGGAUGGUAGAUAG